AUGUAGGCUACAGUAGGAGUUCGGCUGGCCAUUUUGGCUAGCUCAGUUGUUUUAUUUACAUUGCAAUACGUCCAGCUUUUUUGUGUCGGUGUCGAAGUUAUCUUAAUUCUGAGUGUAUAUUAGUGAUCUCGUCGUCGUGUAGUGGUUUAUUUUAUUUAAAUUUUUUUUUAUUAAACACACUUUUGUCAGUUGAACGGUUUCCUGGCCCUGGCUUGAAUUAGCCAGGUGUACAGAACUAGCCAGCUAAUCACACAGCUGGUCAGCUCUGUUUAGGUUUCUAUAUUCAGUUUAUUUUAUUUAUUUACUUAUUUAUUUUAAACACGAGUGCGUUUUGAGGUGUCAGUUAUGGCUGUGGUAAACGAAGGAGCGUUUAAAAAGAUGCUUAAGCAAUACAAAUAUCGUGACCUGACAGUUCGUGAGAUCACAUAUGUUAUCUCUCAAUACAAAGACCUGAAACCUCUGAUGGAUUCUUAUGUUUUCAAUGAUGGAUCAACAAGGGAGCUCAUGAGUUUAACUGGGACAGUCCCAGUGAGCUACAGGGGAAACAUAUACAACAUUCCUGUGUGUCUAUGGCUGUUGGAUACAUACCCCUACAACCCACCCAUUUGUUUUGUAAAACCAACGAGCGCAAUGAUGAUUAAGACUGGGAAGCAUAUUGAUGCUAAUGGGAAGAUCUACCUGCCCUACCUGCACGAAUGGAAGCAUCCUCAGUCUGACCUAUAUGGCCUGAUCCAAGUGAUGAUUGUUGUUUUUGGAGAAGAGCCUCCAGUGUUCUCCCGGCCUACGACCCAGCCCGCCUACCAGGCGUUCCAGGCCACAGGACCCCCAAAUCAGGCGUAUAUGCCCGGCAUGCCUGCUGUAUCAGCCUAUGGGCCGAACCCAAAUCCAUGUGGCUACCCAGGAUAUUCUUACCCUGGAGGAGGUGCGUAUCCUGCCACAGGGGGUCCUCACUACCAGUCUCAGCCCCCAGUCACCACCGUGGGUCCGAGCCGUGAUGCCACCAUUGGGGAGGAUACUAUCCGUGCUUCUCUCAUCUCAGCAGUGAGCGAUAAACUGCGCUGGAGGAUGAAGGAAGAGAUGGAUCGGGCUCAGGCAGAGCUGGACGCAUUGAAGCGCACUGAAGAAGAUCUGAAGAAAGGCCAUCAGAAGUUGGAGGAGAUGGUGUCCAGGCUCGACCAGGAAGUGGCUGAGGUGGACAGGAAUAUCGAGCUCUUAAAAAAGAAAGAUGAAGAACUGACUGAGGCUCUGGAGAAAAUGGAGAAUCAGUCCGAGAACAACGAUAUCGAUGACGUCAUUGUUCCCACCGCGCCGCUCUACAAGCAGAUCCUGAACCUGUAUGCAGAGGAGAACGCCAUCGAAGACACCAUCUUCUACCUCGGAGAGGCUCUGCGCCGAGGUGUCAUUGAUCUGGAAGUCUUUCUCAAGCAUGUCCGCCUGCUCUCCAGAAAACAGUUCCAGCUGCGAGCGCUGAUGCAAAAAGCUCGGAAGACUGCUGGACUCAGUGACCUCUACUGACCCCACAACCAUCUGAACUCCACUUCUUUUUGUCUGUAUUAUGUUUGUUUGUGUAUCAUUCCCCCCCCCCCCCCCCCCCCCCAAUACCAAUUUACAAGACACUGGAUCGUCUCUUGUACUACCACGCUGUUGAAUUCUCAAAUCUGAUUGGUCAGUAGGUGUUGAUCAGUUUUCUGUAACAGCAGCGGCAAGUCCUAGGUUUAUAUUAAUGCACUAGUUCUUUCUAAUGUUAUCAUUUCAAGAGUAACAUCACACUCACAGGGACAUGUAGGGCAGACGCACCCUAGAAUUCAUCCAUUGGACUCUUUGGACAAGAGACAGGUCGUUAAUUUAUUGCAGGGCUAACACAGAGACAACCAACCAUUCACACAACACGUAUGGGAAAUUUUCGAGUUCACUUAAUCUGCAUGUCUUUGGUGUGUAGGAGGAAACCAGAGCACGCAGGCACAAGGAGAACAUGCAACUUCCACACAAAGGCCCCAGUCGUGUGUGAGGUUCAAACCCAGAACCUUCUUGUUGUGAAGCAACAGUGCUAUCCACUGUACCACUUUGUUACCCACGAUAUAAUCUAAUAAUAAAUGGAUUAAAAGUAUGUUAAUGAAACAUAACUAUUGAUACGAUGCAGUUUUCUGUUAAGACUGUAUUUAAUAUUUAUGGAAGGAGUCACAUUUCAGCGUGUUGUUACAGUCAACAUGUUUUCCUUCAGGGGAGAAUCUUUAGGACGGAGGACUUUUCAGGACUCUGGAUAAAGUCAAGAGACAGUAAGGUACUGAUUGCUUAUAGCUGCUCUAGCGUAAGGAGCAACAGGAACAUUAACAUUGUUGUUACAUUACAUUCACAUUAAAUGUGACUCAUAUAUACAAACAAUUGUUGGCAAACUGCUGUGGAAUAAAACACUUUCUUGUAA